AUGGCGGACACUUCAGUAUCCGGGCCCUUUCCAAUCUCUCUUGUAGCGAACCGUUACCUGCUCUACGAUAUCAACACAAUCACUUAUAUCCGGCGGAAGCACGGCAUCUGUGGUGUGCUGAUUGGCGGUCUGCCGCAAGCACCUUCGCAGAAUGUUUUCUGCGGUAUUCCGCUCGAGCUCAUGCCGGAGGAGGCUCGGCUGCUCGUCGAGCAAGGACACGCUUACAUCGUGGAAGAUGUUGAGGCGCACAUAUCCGGCUUCCUAGACAUGAGCGAGGAAGAGAGGCAUGCCUUCAUGGGUGUUAUUGAUGCUCAAGGCCGUGAGGCAGCCAAGGCUAAGAAGCGAAGAGCUGGUAACAACAAGGAAAGGGCGCUGAAGGAGAAGAACCUGCACCGUCUUGCUCAGGAGAGUCAUGCACGACAGACCUCUGCCAGUCCUGAUACGACAAACACUGCGGAUACGGAUGAUUCUCUCUUCGCCUACCCUAGCCCACCUGCGUCGCCGCCUCCACGAGCAUCGUCCACGGCACCAGGAGAGAUAUUUGGCAUAACGCCUAGUACGUCCUAUCCGCCGUUGACCACGUCAGUCAGGUCGACCGACCAGCCACUUCCAGCUGUACCCCGUUCAUACCCCCUCUUCAGGUAUCUACACAGCAAGGGAUACUUCAUCACGCCGGGUCUUCGUUUCGGCUGUCAGUACGUGGCAUAUCCCGGAGAUCCUCUCCGCUUCCACAGCCACUUCCUGACGGUUGGCAUGAACUGGAAUGAGGAGUUUGAUUUGCGAGAUAUUGUCGGUGGAGGACGGUUGGGCACAGGCGUAAAGAAAGCUUACCUGAUUGGAGGUAAGGAGGGUAACAGCGAUGAGGCAGAUGGCACCCUUGCGGUAGGCAUACCACGCGAAACAUAUCCGAAUGAGCGUCGAGUCGCCAUAACGCCGCCGAAUGUCACCGUUUUACUCAAGAAGGGCUUCUCGCGUGUUCUCGUUGAGCGUGGUGCAGGCGCCGAGGCUCAGUUCGUGGAUCAGGCCUACGAAUCAGCCGGCGCGACGCUGGUCGACGGCAAAUGUGUUUGGUCCGAGAGUGAUAUCCUUCUGAAAGUCCGCGCACCCAGCGCUGGUAGGGGCGAUGAUGAAGUGGGUGCGCUGCGCCAAGGCCAGACGAUAAUCUCUUUCUUGUAUCCGGCUCAAAAUGCAAGUCUUGUGGAGAGGCUUUCUUCUCGUGGUGUCACAUCGUUUGCGAUGGAUAUGAUUCCCCGAAUAUCUCGUGCUCAGGCUUUUGACGCUCUUAGUUCUAUGGCCAAUAUCGCCGGAUACAAGGCUGUCUUGGAAGCAUCCAAUCAUUUUGGACGCUUCAUGACCGGCCAAGUAACAGCAGCUGGCAAGAUUCCUCCAUGCAAGGUCUUGGUUAUCGGCGCCGGUGUCGCCGGAUUGAGCGCCAUUGCUACAGCUCGUCGCUUAGGAGCGAUCGUACGCGGAUUUGACGCCCGGUCAGCCGCACGGGAACAAGUGCACUCACUCGGAGCUGAAUUCAUAGAAGUAGAUGUGAAAGAAGAGGGUACCGGCCAAGGCGGCUACGCAAAAGAGAUGUCGAGAGAAUUUAUCGAGGCUGAAAUGAAGCUCUUUAUGGAGCAGUGCCGCGAGGUCGACAUCGUAAUCACUACGGCCCUUAUACCCGGAAAGCGCGCUCCAAUCCUAAUUACAGAAGAGAUGGUAUCAGCAAUGAAACCAGGCUCGGUAGUUGUGGAUCUUGCCGCUGAGGCGGGCGGCAACUGUGAGGCGACCGUCCCUGGAAACCUAGUUACGCAUAAGGGCGUCACUGUUAUAGGGUACACUGACCUUCCUUCACGACUACCCACUCAGUCCUCAACUCUGUACUCCAACAACAUCACAAGGCUCCUUCUUUCCAUGUCUCCUCAAGAGAAACACUUUGGCGUAGAUUUAACGGAUGAAGUUGUUCGUGGCUCAAUCGUAACAUACAAGGGCGAGAUUAUUCCUCCAACUCCGCGACUUGCCCCUAUGGCGGCACCUUUGACUCCUCCGCAAGCUGCAGUCGAGCCGCCAAAGAGUGCUCGUACCGUCGCUUUGACACCAUGGCAGAAAGCAUCGCGCGAGGUAGCUACAGUGACCACCGGGUUGGGAGCAGUCCUCGCUCUGGGCAAGACUACGGGGCCCUUGUUCAUGAGCAAUGUACUUACCUUUACACUGGCGGGACUUGUCGGCUAUCGCGCUGUAUGGGGUGUCGCACCUGCUCUCCAUUCUCCUCUCAUGAGUGUUACGAACGCGAUUUCAGGUAGCAUGGUCGGCAUUGGCGGUUUCUUCAUCAUGGGAGGAGGAUUUCUACCCGAAACCUUACCUCAGGCGCUUGGUGCCUUGUCAGUAUUGCUGGCCUUUGUGAACGUAUCUGGAGGAUUUGUUAUCACAAAGCGUAUGCUGGACAUGUUUAAACGGCCGACGGAUCCUCCCGAGUAUCCAUGGCUCUAUGCUAUACCUGGUCUGCUGUUUGGUGGUGGUUAUAUCGCUGCUGUGAGUACCGGAAUGGCUGGUCUUGUUCAGGCUGGGUACAUUGCAAGCAGUGUCUUGUGCAUCAGUUCCAUAUCUGGCCUCGCAUCACAAUUGACUGCUCGACGGGGAAACAUCCUCGGCAUUUUGGGUGUUGGUUCUGGCAUUCUCGCAUCUCUCGCUGCCGUAGGCUUCCCUCCGGACGUACUACUACAGUUUGCAGGUGUUGCUGGCAUAGGCAGUAUCCUCGGUCUCCUGAUCGGUCGGCGCAUUACAGCAACAGAUCUUCCACAGACGGUCGCUGCACUGCACUCUGUGGUAGGAUUGGCGGCGGUGCUUACCAGCAUCGGAAGUGUGAUGGCGGAUCUUUCUCACAUUUCAACGCUGCAUCUCGUAACCGCAUACCUGGGCGUUCUUAUUGGAGGCAUUACCUUUACAGGCUCUAUUGUAGCGUUCCUCAAGCUUUCCAGUCGCAUGUCUUCGAGACCCAAGGUUCUUCCCGGUCGACACCUUAUAAAUGCAUCGCUUCUUGGCGCGAAUGCUGCGACUAUGGGUGCAUUUGUUACCAUGGCGCCUGGCUCACCCGCAAUCGCUGCUGGUUGUCUAGCAGCCAGUACAGUGCUGAGUUUUUCUAAGGGCUAUACUACAACCGCAGCCAUUGGCGGGGCCGAUAUGCCGGUAGUGAUUACAGUCUUAAACGCGUAUUCCGGAUUUGCCUUGGUGGCUGAGGGCUUCAUGCUUGAUAAUCCAUUACUUACGACUGUGGGAGCCUUAAUUGGUGUCAGCGGCUCCAUUCUGUCAUACAUAAUGUGCGUUGCGAUGAACAGGUCUCUGACAAAUGUCCUGUUCGGAGGAAUAUCUGCCCCCACGCAAAGUGUCAGAAACAUCGAGGGAGAAGUAACCCAAACAUCUGUGGACGAAACUGCCGACGCUCUGGCUAACGCGGAGAGCGUAAUCAUCGUUGUCGGGUAUGGUAUGGCCGUUGCGAAGGCACAGUAUGCUAUCUCAGAAAUCGUCCGUAUUUUACGUGCGAAGGGUGUUAAAGUUCGCUUCGCGAUACACCCAGUAGCCGGGCGAAUGCCGGGACAAUGCAAUGUCCUCCUCGCGGAGGCUUCGGUGCCUUAUGAUAUCGUCUUUGAGAUGGAUGAGAUCAACGACGAUUUCUCGGGUACUGAUGUAGCUCUCGUCAUUGGGGCAAAUGAUACAGUGAAUCCGAUCGCGCUCGAGCCUGGCUCCCCCAUUGCGGGUAUGCCUGUGCUUCAUGCUUGGAAGAGCAAGCAAGUGAUUGUAAUGAAGCGCGGUAUGGCGAGCGGCUAUGCCGACGUCCCCAACCCCAUGUUCUACAUGCCUGGAACGAAGAUGCUCUUUGGAGAUGCGAAAAACUCCUGCGAUGCUAUCAAACGUGCUCUCGAUACUCGGAGCCAGAUGUGGGCUGAUAUCUAG